AUGGUCCCAGUUCCUAAAGAGGAUGGAAGUAUUGAUAAUAAGGCAACCAAGGCUUAUGAGAAGUACUUGGAAAAUUGUCUUACUGCCAAAUGCAUUAUUCUGGCAUCCAUGGGUUCUGAUCUUCAGAGGCAACAUCAGGAUACGGAUCCACCAACUAUUGUUGAACAUCUUAAGAAGAUAUAUGGUGCACAAAGUAAGACGGCCCGAUAUCAAUUGUCCAAAACUUUGUUUAGAUCCACACUUGAUGUGGACUCUCCUGUUGGACCCCAUGUUCUUAAGAUGAUUGAUCUUAUUGAACAACUUGAGAAGUUGGGAUGCAAAUUGGGCAAAAAACUUUCACAAGAUUUGAUCUUGCAAUCUCUUCGAGAAACUUUUUCACAAUUCAUUGUUAGUUUUAAUAUGAUUAAAGUAAGCUGUGAUCUUCAUGAAAUGCUCAACAUGCUAAUUGAUUAUGAGAAUUAA